AUGGGCGCCAAGCGCUUGACUGGCCAAGAUCCAGAAAUCCGCCUGAUAGAAGCAGAGUCAUUCACCAAGUUCCAUCCAUCCCGCCAGCCUCAAAGGAGGCGCUUCGUUGCCCUGAGUGAGGCUGCCAGCGUUUCGCUACAAUAUUCUGAACUUGCGACAAUGGUCUCGCGCCAUCGAGUCUCCCUGACAACUCUCGACCAACAAUACUCAGCGCUUGAAGGAGCCAAGCCCACGGUGACCAUGGCGCUGCAUCGGAAUGGGAAGAGCUUCAGCAACCUGAUAUGCCUCGCCGGAUGA